AUGCCUUCCAAGCAGAUUGACGACAAACUCCUUCUGGCAGGAUUGGAAACGAAAUGGGACUCUUCAGACCGUUUAGUUGUGCCGAGUUUAAGCAUACCCAAUUCUGGCAUGUAUGAUCGGCCGCCGCUCAGUCCAUGCCCGUCGUAUACUUCUCGAGCAAGUCCCACAAUGAGCUCACCCUCCUCGAACGAAUGGAAGUAUAAUAAGCCGCUUCCACCUGUUCCUCAUCCACAAGAGAAACACUUCCCGUCCUUGCAUCAAGCAGGCUCGUCCGUUGGGGAGUCUUUACCGGCUUAUACCCCGCGGCCUCUGACACCUAGACCCAUGACUCCAGGCUCUAUGUCUUCGCGUCCUACAACACCGCAGCCACCAAUGGCGCCUCGACCUCUGACUCCCCGACCAGUUACUCCUCAGCCUCUGCAAACCAGGUCCAUGACUCCACAGCCGUCACUGACAAGACCAAUGACGCAGCAACCAUUGAACAUACGGCCUAUGACUCCGCAGCCAGUGAAAGCCCAGCCCAUGACACCCCAGGCCUCUGUGAGCCGACCAGUGGCCCCCAAAGCUAUGAAUCCUUGGGCGAUGAUGCCGCGGCCUCAGGACCAACGUUCGUUGAACCCCGAAUUUUCCUUGGCGGCAGCUGCAGCAUUAGAGGCAUUCCCCAACGAAGCUUCAUGGCCUCAACCUGUAGAGGCUCAGCCCGCAACAGGACUUUACCCUCCAUACAAUGCUGAGAAGGGCCUAUUUCCUCCCUAUAGCCCCAAUGCCACCGCGUCAACUCAAAGUCGACACGACGGACCCUCGAAGCAACCAUCGAAGAAAUCAUCAGAACAAAGGCUAUUCGCUAAGGACACCGGCGAAGGAAAGCCUAUAUGGCGGACCCUCAAAGCGGGAGUGCGCCGCGUCAUCACCACUAAAGCUUCAUCUUCUGGCUCAAAGAAAUCCAAAUCUCAAAUUGACCGGAGAGCGUCCAUCAUACUUCGCAUGUCGUCUACUCCUACACAGCAGCAAGAGUCGGGGUAUCAGCAACAAGAUUGGAUGCAGGUCGCAGAGAAAGAGGAUGCAGAGCGAUACCAAGAUGCAGUUAGCCGCAUGAAGAAUGUGCUCGCCAGUUUACUAGAGGAUGGCUAUUCGAUGGAUUUGAUCCUCCAAGCUGAGGCGAAUCAAAAGUUCCUUCAGUCCCUCUUCUUAAGGGUGCAAAAUGACCCUCUUCUCGGCUUGGACAUUGCUCCGCCCGCUCCACCCACCCUUCCCCCACUUCCUCAUCUGAAUACCCAUACUUAUUCUCAUUCCGUUCCUCCUCCUUCCCCUGCUCCUACCGCUCCCUUACCUCCUCUUCCUUUCUCUUCGGCUCAUCCUGCGCCUACACCCUCUUCUCCCGCUACUACUUUCAAAAUCCGCAAGACAGGCAUCGAGGAUGAAGAUGCCUGGAGCUACGUUGGCUACGAAGAUGAUGCGACGAUGCAAGAUGACGGCCCCUCCAUACACUUCUUUAACCUCGCCGAUGACAAUUCGGAUACCUCCAGCACCUUCCCUCGCUACACGAAGAUGAUGGCAGAAAUUGAAGACAACCUAACCAAGGCAUUCCGGCCAACCCGAUGGAGUUUAACGAAGCCCGGCCUGGAAGACAUGACCCUCCAAAUCCUCCUCCAACUCGAUGAGCUAGAUGACCUUUUUGCCUUUGCCCAGGUGAACCGCGCCACGUACCAAGUCUUCAAGCGCCAUGAACUGCCCCUGAUGCAAAACACCAUCCGCCUUCAAUCGCCCGCGGCCUGGGAACACCGGCAGAUAAGCGAUGUCAAUUCACCAGAGUCCUCGGAGGAGGAAGCAUUCACGGCUGCGGUGUACUACCGCCAUUACAUUCGGGACCAACGCACACUCGUCACUUUGAAGGGCCUCAUGAUGACUCACUGCCGCGCCGUCAUGCGCUCCGCCUCCUACACGGCGCUCUCGCGGCCCUCCAGCCCCGCGGCUCGCAAGAUCGAUAAUGCAAUCUGGCGCGUCUGGACCUUCUGCCAUCUAUUUGGGAUGCAGACGGGCCGCGACCACGACCUUGACGGUCAAGUUAGCUGGCUGCGCGGCGAGGUGCGCUCCCCGUUCCAGCCUUGUCCGGACCCCAGCGACGUCUGCAGUGUCCUGUUCGACCCACCCCCUGGCUUCGGCGAGGGCAACCCGGGGGGUCUCUCUGUGACGGACAUGCAGGACAUGGACGAGGUCUGGACCUGCCUGAAAUACGUGUUCGGCUUCCUGCGCGGCGAGACGGAGCGCGCCCGCCGCUUCGGCGUUUUCUCCAAUGCCAGCAACGGCCACGACACUGCUUCUGCUCCAAACACGGAGAAACGGAAUCAAGGCAUGAUCAUGCUGCACGAGUGGGUCUGGUAUCUUUUGACGCUUGGUCCGGAGGCGGUGGUCGAGCUGGCCCCCCUGGGGCCCGACACGCACGCCGAGACGACGUUCCAGCGGGCCAUGUCGCGCGGGUGGACGAGAUGGUCGGCCCCGCGGGCGGGCGCGACGAGGAGUGCGUUCUUGACGGAUGCGCUGGGGAGGGUGUCGGGAGGACUGCGACGGUUGGAGGAGUUGCAGCGGGAGCUGUGGUUUAAUUAUCUAUGA